UAAAGCAGCCAAUCGUGGAGCAGCUCGACUCUUUGUCAUAAAUGGAGCGACGUAUUUUCGACCUGUCUUUUCCCUGCAGUUAGCUAUCCGUCAACCCUUCCUCUGCGCUAGUCCUGUAAAGGAAAUGUCUCUACGCUGCAGAGAUGCCACCCGCACCCUGGGGCUCCGGGUAUUUGGGAGAUAUUUAUGCAGCCCAGUCAGACUGUUAAGUUCCUUGCCAGAUGAAAAAAAGGAACUUUUACAAAAUGGACCAGACCUUCAAGAUUUUGUAUCUGGUGAUCUUGCAGACAAGAGCACCUGGGAUGAAUAUAAAGGAAACCUAAAACGCCAGAAAGGAGAAAGGUUAAGACUACCUCCAUGGCUAAAGACAGAGAUUCCCAUGGGGAAAAAUUACAAUAAACUGAAAAAUACUUUGCGGAAUUUAAAUCUCCAUACAGUAUGUGAGGAAGCUCGAUGUCCCAAUAUUGGAGAGUGUUGGGGAGGUGGAAAAUAUGCCACCGCCACAGCCACGAUCAUGUUGAUGGGUGACACAUGUACAAGAGGUUGCAGAUUUUGUUCUGUUAAGACUGCAAGAAAUCCUCCUCCACUGGAUGCCAGUGAGCCCUACAAUACUGCAAAGGCAAUUGCAGAAUGGGGUCUGGAUUAUGUUGUCCUGACAUCUGUGGAUCGAGAUGAUAUGCCCGAUGGGGGAGCUGAACACUUUGCAAAAACUGUAUCAUAUUUAAAGGAAAGGAAUCCAGAAAUCCUUGUGGAAUGCCUUACCCCUGAUUUUCGAGGCAAUCUCAAAGCAAUAGAAAAAGUUGCUCUGUCAGGAUUAGAUGUGUAUGCACAUAAUGUAGAAACAGUCCCAGAAUUACAGAGUAAAGUUCGUGAUCCUCGGGCCAAUUUUGACCAGUCCCUGCGUGUACUGAAACAUGCCAAGAAGGUUCAGCCUGAUGUUAUUUCUAAAACAUCUAUAAUGUUGGGUUUAGGCGAGAAUGAUGAGCAAGUAUAUGCAACAAUGAAAGCACUUCGUGAGGCAGAUGUAGACUGCUUGACUUUAGGACAAUAUAUGCAGCCAACAAGGCGUCACCUUAAGGUUGAAGAAUAUGUUACUCCUGAAAAAUUCAAAUACUGGGAAAAAGUAGGAAAUGAACUUGGAUUUCAUUAUACCGCAAGUGGCCCUUUGGUGCGUUCCUCAUAUAAAGCAGGUGAAUUUUUCCUGAAAAAUCUAGUGACUAAAAGAAAAACAAAAGCCCCCUAAAAAACAAAAGCCCCCCAAAACUUCAACAAGACCUUCAAGAUCACAGAAAUUUUUAAAAUUUGAUUCCAGUUAAUAACAGAGGUGGCAUCAGAAUGCCUGGACUAUAGUAGAUGUACCCCACCUCUUUGCUUUAAA